AUGAUCAUGUCGUAAGUUUUUAUGCCUUUUCCGACGUCUCUUGGAUUAUUUCCGACGAGCCUUCAUCAAAUUUUAAUCCGAUAUUGUAGAAGAUGGGGAGUCUCGGAAUAUUUUUGGAAUUACAGUCUUUUCAUUCCGCUGAGUGUAAGAUUAGGUGGAGCUUAUGAUUAUUGGCAUUGCUUUUGGAUUUUACAACCAUUGCGUAUCUGAGAAUGAAAUUAAUACCAGUGCCAAGGCGGGCUAAGCCGGAAAUGAAAUAUUAGAGAUAGCGCUCAGGGUUUUAAACGUCUUUCGUUGGUGAAGUGGGAUGCCGACUCUCAUUUUCCAGCAGGUAUUCAGAAACAGGUAGGAUAAUGUAGUAAAAUCUCGUGGUUUUCGAUGAAAACAGUUUGUUGGUCAUAAAUAAUUAUUGGAAUUGAUUUGCUGAUGUAGUCUUUUUAUCAGGUCCAGUUUUUUUGCUCAAAGGUUACUGAUUUUGUACGUUGAAUCGAUAAUUUCAAAGUCGAAACCAGGUGUAAUAUAAAUUACUAAUAUUAUAAUUGAAGUUGUAGGAGCCGGGACUUGUCCUCCCAUAGUGACGUUCCGUGCACCCGUAGCUUCCCUGUUUUGCCGGAGAAGAGCAUGCCGGUCCCAUCCCGUGCCCGCGUUUACGCGGAUGUCACAAUGAAGAAGCCCCGGGAAUAUUGGAAUUAUGAAGCCCAUCAGAUCGAAUGGGGAAACAUCGAUGACUACCAGUUGGUGCGCAAAUUGGGACGGGGAAAGUAUUCGGAGGUCUUCGAGGGAGUCAAGCUUCCAAGCGAUGAGAAGAUUGUUAUAAAAAUCUUGAAGGUAAGGAAUUUAUUUGGUGUUUUCGGUUUUAGGAGAUGUUCAUGGAUAAAUUGAUCGAAAGCGGGGUUUCACCGGAAAUAAGGGUUGACUUUCAUUCUCAGCUAAACGGCCAAGACUCUGUAGCUUCCUUUUCUGUACUUUUCGACCACUAACCUCUUAUUUUAGCCCGUGAAAAAGAAGAAGAUCAAGAGAGAGAUCAAGAUCUUGGAGAAUCUCAGAGGCGGCACGAACAUUAUCACUUUGUUGGACGUAGUGAAGGACCAUGUCUCCAGAACGCCUGCUCUGGUCUUCGAAUAUGUGAAUAACACCGACUUCAAGCAGUUGUAUCAAACUCUCUCCGACUACGAUAUACGAUUUUAUCUUUACGAACUUCUGAAGGCUUUGGACUUUUGCCAUUCCAUGGGAAUUAUGCACAGAGAUGUGAAACCACACAAUGUGAUGAUUGAUCACGAAAAGAGGCAGCUCCGUCUUAUCGAUUGGGGAUUGGCCGAGUUCUAUCAUCAGGGACAAGAGUACAAUGUUAGAGUCGCCUCCAGAUAUUUCAAAGGACCCGAACUGUUGGUCGAUUAUCAGGUAAGGGAUGUGUUUGUUUGGUUUAUGUUUCAUUUUUAGUGUUAUGAUUAUUCACUUGACAUGUGGAGUUUGGGAUGCAUGUUGGCUUCGAUGAUCUUCCGCAAGGAGCCCUUCUUCCACGGCCAUGAUAACUAUGACCAGGUAUGAUAAGGCCACUUUAUAAUUAAUCUGUUUAGUUGGUGAGAAUCGCCAAGGUCUUGGGAACCGACGAGUUGUUUAUGUACAUCGAGAAGUAUCAUAUCGAAUUGGAUCAUCGUUUCAACGAGAUUCUGGGAAGGUAAUACCAGAUUAUAUUAUACUUGAUGGCAAAGUGAUUAUAGAGGUUUUAAAAUUAAACUUUUAGGCACUCACGGAAACGAUGGGAGCGUUUUGUCCAUGCCGAGAACCAGCAUCUUGUUUCGUCCGAGGCCAUUGACUUCUUGGACAAACUUCUUCGUUACGAUCAUCAGGAAAGACUAACCGCACGCGAGGCCAUGAGUCAUCCCUACUUUGCUCAGGUCGUCCAGGACAAUCUCAGGAAUGCCGAGGGUAACCUUUAGUUUUUGAUUUUUUUUUUGGUUUUAGGGCAAUCUGAGGUCUACUUUGUUAUGUGUAAUAUAAAAAAAGGAACACAAGAGUUAAAAUCUUUGUUGAAAAGCUUGACAGCGUUGAGUGGCGUAAUUUGUAAUCUGUUUCAGCGAAAGCCCCGGAGACCCCAGCUUCAGCCUCUUUGUCGACCGCCGCUUCCAACAAUUCGCUGGGAAAUGGGCCCCAGGUUUAA